UAUCUCUAACCCUAUCCCUUCAAAAGCCCAUCCCUUCCCUUUCACCCCCCAAAGUCUCUCUCUGGUUCGAUCGAUCGAUUUGGGGAUUAGGGUCCUCUUUGUCUCUCUCUGGUCGAUCUCUCGCCAUCGUCUAGGGUUUACUAUAAUCCUCUACUUUACCUAUCUUCUCUGUAGGUUUCAUUUCUUUUUCCUGAUUUCGUUUUCAGUUUCCUAGGCCGGGAUUUAGGGUUAGGUUGAGAUUUUUGAUCCGAAGAUGAUGCAACCAGGAAGCGGCGUGGUCCCCCCUCCGAUGCCUCCGAUGCAGCAGCAGCAGCCGCAGCAGUACCAGCAACCGCCUCCGCCUCAGCAGUGGAUGAUGAUGCCGCCGCCGCAGCAGCAGCAGCAGCAGCAGGCUGCGUUUCAGCCACAGCCGCCGCCGGCGUGGCCGCAGCAGCCUCCCAUGCAGGCUCAGCCGCAGCCUAUGCAGCUACAAGCCCAGUCUCAGCAGCUGCAGCAACAGCAGCAGUAUGCGGCCGCUGGGCAGGCGACUUCUCCGAACGAGAUCAAGUCGCUUUGGAUCGGGGAUUUGCAAUAUUGGAUGGAUGAGAACUAUAUCUACGGUUGUUUUGGUCAUGGUGGAGAGGUGCAAUCCAUUAAAGUUAUUCGCAACAAGCAAACUCAACAGCCUGAGGGUUAUGGUUUCAUUGAGUUCAUAACUCGUGCAGCAGCUGAAAGGGUAUUGCUGUCAUACAAUGGCACAUUGAUGCCAAAUGCUGAACAGAACUUCCGACUGAACUGGGCUACUCUUGGUGCUGGUGAAAGGCGGGCAGAUGAUACUCCUGACCAUACAAUAUUUGUAGGAGAUUUGGCCGCUGAUGUUACUGACUACUUGUUACAAGAAACAUUCAAAGCUCACUAUCCAUCAGUCAAGGGUGCAAAGGUCGUUACUGACAGAAUGACUGGGCGUUCCAAGGGUUAUGGUUUUGUUAGGUUUGCAGACGAGACUGAACAGUUGCGUGCUAUGACUGAAAUGAAUGGUAUGCUCUGCUCUACGAGGCCGAUGCGGAUUGGGCCUGCUGCUAACAAGAAACCUGCCACUGCGGGAGGACAGCAAUAUCAGAAAGCUACCUAUCAGAGCUCUCAAGCGAAUCCAGGUGAAACUGAUCCAAAUAAUACAACGAUAUUUGUUGGUGGUUUGGAUGAGAGUGUGUCGGAUGACCUUUUGAGACAAGUGUUUGGCCAGUUUGGUGAGUUGGUUCAUGUGAAAAUACCAACAGGCAAGCGAUGUGGAUUUGUUCAAUUUGCUGAUCGAGCUGCUGCCGAACAGGCGUUGUCAAUGUUGAAUGGAACACAGUUAGGAGGACAAAAUAUUCGACUUUCAUGGGGUCGUAGUCCUUCGAACAAGCAGGCUCAGGCAGAUCAGACGCAAUGGAAUGGUGGAUAUUAUGGAUAUGCUCAAGGUUACGAGGCAGCAUAUGGAUAUGCACCCCCUCAAGAUCCUAAUAUGUAUUAUGGAGCCUAUACUGGCUAUGGUAAUUACCAACAGCCACAGCAGUGAUCAUGUUGCCCUUGCCCCCAUCCUAUUAGGAAUCCUUCCUGAGCUCGUUUGUUUGGGGGGGUGGGGGUUCUGAUGUUCAGCUUUGACCGUGGUUGGCUGGCUGCAGCUACCAGAGAAAGUGUUACUAGUAUUAUAGUGCGUGGUUGUGGAGUUAGGACACACUUUGAAAGGAAAUCACUCACUCGGUUCGGGCUGUGCGUGUGUUAUUUCAUGUUUUUUAGUUUUCUGUUUUUGUGUUUUGUGGGUUUUUUUUUUUAAUCCCUUUUUUAGUUUUCUAUGUGAGAAACUCUGCAGAAUCAGAAUCUCUCUCUAUUAUGCACUUUUGACCUGAAAUACAGCCACUGAUGGCUUACUAGUGUUAUUAGAUAUGCACGGUGCUGGUGGAUUUGCGGUUGGAAUAUACAUCCUUAUCCUA